CGCUGCAUGAGAAUGCCGUAGUGACGUCAGACGGCACUGUGCUGUGGAUACCUCAGGCUGUGCUCACCGCUGGCUGUGUCUUCAACCUCACCGACACCGAGCACAGCUGCUUCUUCACGUUCGGCUCGUGGGUUUACAACGGAGAGCAGAUGGACAUGCUGCUAGACGAGGGAAUCGACGGCUUCGACCUGAACUAUCUCGAUGACGCGAUGAACCGCCGCUGGCAGGUGACAGGCUCUCACGCAGUGCGCAGUGCGAAGAUCUAUCCAUGCUGCCCUGAGGUUUACCCGGACCUAAAGUUCUACCUUCAACUGAAGCGUCGCUCCAUCGUUCACCGCCCCGGCUGCCCGCUGGACGACGAUGACGAUGACGACACCAGACAUGGAUACCGCCGUCGAUACCGUCCGACGGGUCGCUGU